AUGUUGUGGGAAAAUAUCCAGAAACUCCCCCGCGACAACAUGGAGAUAGUCGUCGCGCGGCAUCAUCUGGGAGAGUGUUAUUUCCACAUGGAAAAGUAUAGCGAGGCUGAGAAGCUUUACCGUGAAGUUCUCAAGGCCCGUAACUCCCAGAAACCUCCCGAUCCUCUGAAAGUUUUGGAGGUUCGAAGGGAUUUGGUGGCCGCACUCAUCGAGUUCGCCAGACAAGAGGGAGGAGGAGAUAUUGCGAAAGCUGAGAAGCUCAACUCUAAGGCACUGGCGCUAGCCGUGGACAAUAUGAACGACAAGACAAAUAGUGAUCAGGAUGAUGACAUCGAUAAUGUCCUUCAUUGUACUGAAGUUCUGCUGGAAAACCGAAAUCGAAAGCCUAUGGAGCUUGCUAGGCUGAAUAGGACUCGUGUCCGUGCGCUGGUCAAGAUCGGAGACGACAUGAGUGAUGACGAACUGAACGACAUAAAAAAACAUGGAAUCGAGGCAUUCAAACUGUUCACCUUGGAUCUAAAGGAUCGAAAGCGCGGAUACGAAGUAUACAACAUUAUUGAGUCCCGCAUACGGAGGUAUGGUGCCCAUGAAUCCGGUCAACUCAGAAUCGCACCAAGUAUAGGGGAAGAAGUCAGGGAUGAGUGGAGAAAGGCAACAGGAACUCUGGCGAGUAAGAGAUGGAAGAAGUGCCUGAAAAGGAUUCGUGCCGAUGUGGUAAAGAAUGUCAUACCGCGGAAGAAGGAGAUGCGCGAAGCUUGGUAUCUCAUUUGUCGAAGAGUAUUGGCCAGACAAAGAUGGCAGAGGGCGUUGGCAGAAGCCAGGAAAGAAGCAGAACUAAGAAUUGCUCACCGCAGGAGGCUGGCUAGUCAAUGGAGCUCCGUGAUUCAAAAGGUUCUAGAGAGGAAGAAGGAAGAAGACCGGAGGAAAAAGAGACAAAAAGAAAUCGAGGAAAAGAGGAAGCGGUACGAGGAGAGAAGGAAGAGAAAUGAAGAGCAGAAGAGACUCAGAGAAGAGGAAGAAGAAGAAAAUAAAAGGGCUGAAGAAACUCGACUUAAGAGGUCGCAUGAAGAGGGGGAGCAGAAGAGAAAAGAGAAAGACUUGAUGGAUAAGCGAAAGCUGGAGGAGAAGGCAACGGUGUGGGCCAUGGUAUCGGAGGAAGAAGCGGCUCAGAAAGAACAAGCAGAGAGAUCUGAGGAUCUUGAAAUUCAGCAAGGAAUCAGCAAAAGAGACACCGGAAUUUCGGAGUGGUCGGAGCCCGAAACACCAUUACAUCUCGACUCAGAACAUGCCUUUUUCGACUCAGAGACUGAACUCAGCAGUAUACAAAACAGCGAAAAGUGGAUGAGGGACUUCAUCAGGUCUCGCGAUAUGAUCCUUAGUACUCGACAGGACAAGAACAUGGAGCGUGUCAGGGUAACCAUUAUUGAUACAGGUCUCGACAAAACUCACCCCUUUGUCAUCAAGCGGCAAUUGCAAGACUUCAGGCAAGCAGCGAACAAGAAGGUGGCGCUUUUCCAGGACUUCGUGACAGAGAACCCCAGCAUGGAAGCGAUCGAUGAGGAUGGGCAUGGCACUUUCAUUGCCGGAAUUAUGCUUCAGCUCUCACCACUCGUUGAGCUCUCUAUAGCUCGGGUGGCCACAACGCGAGCCUCCUUAUUGAAAGAUCCCGACGCAGAGGAAAAGGUCACCAAGGCAAUCAAACAUGCCGUCGAGGUAUGGGACACCGACAUUAUUUCGAUGUCUUUUGGGUUCCCACGUAUUAAAACGCCAGAAUUUCGAACGGUCAUUCGAAAUGCCAUUUUUAAGAAUAAGAUCUUAUGUGCGGCCGCAGGCAACUCUGGGAACACAAAACCCCACGUUCCCUUCCCUGCUCGGCUCACCGAUGUUUUCAAAAUCUUUGCAGCUGACCAUCAAGGCGGCAAGUGCUCCUUCAGCCCAAGGUCUGGCCUGGACGGUGACUUUUGCUUCAGCAUUCUAGGCCACGAUGUCGUGUCGAUCUGGCCGGAAGCUCUGAAAGACAAGGACACGGAAUCGGCUCUGAAGGUGGUAGAAAAGAAGAACUCAAAGAAGCAUCCAGGAUUAUGGGUUGCCAUGUCGGGAACCUCGUUCGCGACGCCGAUAGUUGCGUCCCUCAUUGCCAUACUAUACCAGUUCUACGACGCAAACAAAGCUGAGAUAGACUUCGGACCGGCUUUGGAAUUCAAGACGGUCGAAGCCAUCCGGAUCAUACUAUUGAAGAUGUGCAUGGCGCCCGCUGCGGACCAGCACAACUACCUCAAUCCCUGGGUGGGCCGGGACAACUACUUCAACUUCAGCGGGGAAGAAAAAAGCAGCUCUGUUUCAUUUUUUGCACUGAUGCUACGGCAUUGUUUGGGCGCCUGGAACAAAUAG